ACUCUCGCGAGAGACGAGACUUGAGGUGCGUUGAGCGCAGCGGCGUUCGGUUUGGCUCGAUCCGGAUCGCUCGUAGCGAGGAUUUAACGACGAGGCCCGAGGCAUGUUUCUGACUCGAGUACUGUUUGGAAAGAGAAUUCCUGGAAAACAAUGGAUUGGUAAAAACAGACGUCCAAGAUUCGUUACUCAUUUAAUGAAGGCAAAUAUGAUUAAGAGACUUGAAAUUGAAGCUGAAAAUAUAUAUUGGCUAAGUUGUCCAUAUAUGACAAAAGAGCAGGAGUAUCGCCACGAUGAAGAAAAUGUACUUAUGUUAAAGCAGCAAAGAAUAGCUGAAGAGAGAGCAAAGUUUCUUGAACACAAGUAUGUUGCAGAAAAUCUGAAACACCUUAAUGUGACCAAGAGAUGGGCAGGUUCCUGAUCUGUGUCCUUUGCCUUUCUAAUGGGUUUUAUGGAUUCAGUGGACUUGCUUUUAGUGGCAAUGAAAGUCAUAAAAUAAAUAUAUUCUUGUUUUCAACCAGCUAUUGGCUUCAUAAAUACAUAAGGUUUUCUAUUAAGUUAUGUAUGUUUUUUCCCUUUCAGAGUUUAAUGCUAUUAUUAUAAAAAUGAUUUGAGGUCUUUGUCCCCUUUUUAAUUUCUAAAUGCUGGCUUUGCCUCCUUGUAUUUCCAUUCCACUAUCCCCUGGAAAAUAAAAUCACCUAAACCACG